AUGACAGCAGCAGUGGAGCUGCCGCCCCCUGCCCCGUCGAUAGAGACGAGCAGCCUGAGCUGUCCUGCAUGCGGGACAGCAGCCAUGGAGCUGGACAGAGCGAGCCUCGACAGCGCGCGACAGCGGAUAAAUCAGCUCGAAGAGCAGGCCGAGAUGCUCAAGGCAAAACUCGCCGCUGCAGUGGAUAAAUGCACCGACUACGAAGACCAACUCCAGCGCCUCCAAACCUCCUCCCAACUGCCGGUCCAGCCCCUGCGCUCUCAGACUCUCGACUCGUACCAAACAGUCCGUCUCCCGUCCGAGGAAGCAGCGCGACCCAGCACCGCAAGCUCGGCCAAAGCCGCCAGCCGCUUCUCCUUUUUCGCCGGCGUAGGCCGUCGCGCGAGUCCUGCCAAUGUUGCCUCUCUGCCUCCUCCACCCGCUUUGCCCUCCACCACAAGCACAACACCGCCCGACCUAACCCUCCUUAACGAACUCGAGCGCGAACGCAGCCUCCGCGCCAAAGCAGAGGAGCGCGCACAAAAGAUCGACAUUGAGAUUGAAGAACUGAGUGUACAGUUGUUCAGUCAGGCGAACGAGAUGGUGGCUGAAGAGCGCCGUGCACGCGCAAAGCUCGAGGAGAGGGUGGAGACGCUGGAACGGAGGGAUAGAGAGAAGAUGGCGCGCUUGGACAGGCUGGAGAAGGCCGUGGAGAGGGUGGAGAGGGUGAAGAAAAUAUUGGGCUCCGAGGGUGCCAUGUUCAUACCUGCGGCGAGGACCUAG